GGCCUGACACGCAAGCAGCCGCUGUUCACGUGCCCGCUAUCGGCGCACAGGCUGCUGGAUAGUCACGUGUGCUGCCCUUCUUCAUACGCACUCUCGCAGCCUCGUCGAGGAAGCCAAAAGCGCGACCGCGGCCGGCGGUCGGGCUUUUUGCUUUGCCUCCAGCCAUCCCCACCCGGGCAGAAGAGUUUUUUUUUCGUCCUCCACCACAGACUGCAGUGCACGGAGCGCGCCCUGGCAGAAGAAUAGGAUGACGUCGUCUCCCUCCUCUUCUAUCUGGAAAGCUCCCCGGCGCGCGCGGAGUGCCAGCGACGACAUGGGAUUGUGACACCGGCUUCAUCCGUAGUCUAGCAGGGGAUAUCGUCCGCGUAUCGGGGAGGGCACCUGUUCGCAAGCCGCUCUUCGCUUCUUCGCUGCCGUCGCCAGGCCUAUUCGCCGCCACCGAUGGGCACCCGUAGCAGGAUCGUGGGCAGCAGGAGGCUCGCGCAGUCCCUGGCGGACCUGCUGCGACGUCCUAAGCCGGCGUCGUUGACGCCCUCUACCACCUCGGAACAGCUAUGGUCCAAGCCGAGCCAGGACUUGGCGCCGUCGCUUCAGCGCGGUCCAGCAUCUUCCGAAGAUGAGGCGGCCUGCUCCGCCGCUCUCUGGGAGCUCUACAGGGCUCCCCUGCAACAGGGACGAAGAAUGGGCAGUUUCACAUCGGCUCCCAAAAUUGCCAACGAGGACCAGGCCGACUGCGACUUGGAGAUGGAACCACAGCGCCCUGUCACGCGCGAAGAGCUGCUCGCUCGCUGCCGCCAAGAGCUGCAAUCGCUGCCUCCACAGCUGAAACGUAACUUCACGGGAUGCUACCAGGAGCAACCCGGAUCGGAGACCGUUCGGGUACUGCAGUGGAACCUGCUCUCACAAGCCCUCGCCGAGCAAGCGGAUGGUUUCGCAUGCUGUCCCGACGCGGCUCUGGACUGGAGCAAGCGCCGGUGGCGCAUCCUCGAAGAGAUCCUCAGCUACCAGCCGGACGUGGUCUGCCUGCAGGAAGUCGACCACUACAAGUUCCUCAGCUCCAGCCUGGGCAGCGUCGGCUUCGACGGCACCUUCUACCCGAAGCCGGACUCGCCUUGCUGCUACGUGCGCGGCAACAACGGUCCGGAUGGCUGCGCCAUAUUCUACGACCGCUCAAAGUUCGAGCUGGUUCGGUGCGAGAAGCGCGUCCUCGAGGUGUUCACCUGUCAGUCGAACCAGGUGACGCUACUGUGCAUCUUCCGGCGCAAGCUGGACGACUCCGAGCUCUGCAUCGUCACCACGCACCUCAAGGCUCGACAGGGCGGCCUCCUGUCCAGCCUGCGCAACGAACAGGGCAAGGACCUGCUCGACUUCGUCCGGGCCCACCGCGGCCGCAGGCCCGUCAUCAUCGCCGGCGACUUCAACGCCGAGCCGAGCGAGCCCGUCUACCGGACGCUGAUGGCGCAGCGCGACCUGCCCCUGGAGAGUAGCUACGCCGUCAGACCAGCCAGCGGUGGCGUCCGCGAAGAGGAGCCGCCUUACACGACGUGGAAGAUUAGGCGCGAGGGAGAGGUGUGCCACACCAUCGACUACAUCUUCUACACCAAGCCGGACUUCCAGCUCGAGGCCCGACUGGACCUGCCCACCGAGGACCAGAUAGGACCGGGUCGGGUGCCCUCCCUGGCCUACGCGUCCGACCACUUCUCUCUCGUGGCCGACCUGGCGCUGCCGUUCCGAAUCUCCGACCAGCAGGUCAACGAACUCCUGAACGAAGGCUCCCACCACGGCACUGCUUCCUAGCGAUACGACGGGCGCCAAUCGGCGCGCGCCACGUUUAUAUCAGCUCUGUAAAUAGCUCUUCGCCUUAUCGCGGCUUGCUGUAUGCGCUUGCUUUGUAACGAAGAUGUUAUGCUUGAAGUUCGGAUGAUAGUAAAGAUGUUGGAAAACAGCGAA